CAUAUAUGGAAUGGUCCGCAAAUCACAUUUGCGGGGGGAUUCAUGUGAUCACUGAUUAGUAGAGUGCAACUGCAGUAGGUACAAUUUGAAAUGAUCAAUAUUUCUAUAUCGCCAUCACUAUUUUUGGCCAGUAAUUAAACUGUUGUCAAUUUACUCACUUGGAUGACCAUUUCCAACGUUUACACAUUCUCGGAGGAGAGUGAGUAACAUGGUACGUUCUUAGCGUUUACGGAAGUUCCUGCUCUUGCUGUACUUCCGCCUUUGGAUUUGAAGUGAACAACACAGAGAUGACUGCAACACUGCGUCCGUACUUGAACGCUGUGCGUGCUACACUUCAAGCCGCCCUAUGUUUAGAGAAUUUUUCCUCUCAAGUAGUGGAACGUCACAACAAGCCUGAGGUGGAAGUUCGGAGCAGCAAAGAGCUACUUUUGCAGCCAGUCGUCAUCAGCAGAAAUGAGAAAGAAAAGGUUUUGAUUGAAGGGUCUAUCAAUUCUGUUCGGGUCAGCAUUGCUGUUAAACAGGCUGAUGAAAUUGAGAAGAUCCUUUGCCACAAGUUCAUGCGCUUCAUGAUGAUGAGGGCAGAAAACUUCUUCAUCCUGCGGAGGAAACCUGUGGAGGGCUAUGACAUUAGCUUCCUGAUCACCAACUUCCACACAGAGCAGAUGUACAAGCACAAACUAGUGGACUUCGUCAUUCAUUUCAUGGAGGAAAUCGACAAGGAGAUCAGCGAGAUGAAGCUCUCCGUCAAUGCCCGUGCUCGCAUCGUCGCGGAAGAGUUUCUUAAGAACUUCUGAGCACAGCAAGAGUGCACAUGCAGUCUUCAUGCUGGCCAAGUGAUGCCCAACAUGUAUUAGUAUGGGGAAAUACUGUACCAGGUGCCUCCAACAAAGCUAAGCUACUCGUCAACAUGCAUCAGAGAUGCCAACUGGGAUCGAGCAUUAUUCAUUCUCAAAACCAUUUUUUUUGCCACCCCAGCGCAUUGAUGUCCAGUUGACCUGUUGCUCAGUCGCAAACCAUCAUAACCAAUCCCUUAAGUCCCAUGCUCUCGUUCAUCUCCUAUCUACAGUCUUCAGCUGAAGUCUGUCAAGCCAGUCCAGCACUGUGAUAUUGGCCAGUGUUUCAAUAGCUUGUGCGAACAGUAGUCAUGUUGAAUAAGAAUGUUAUUUCCCCCUCUUAUGAUCACAAACCCCUCCCCCUACACACCUGCCCAUUCACCCAUUCAGACCUUUGAGGAUACUCUGACGCGCAAAAGGUACUUACAAGGACAGGCUUGUAAAAUGUCAUACACAUAGACUGUGGUCUGUUUUAUAUAUACAAAAGUAAUAUAUGCAUGUGUAAAAGUUUCCUUUGUUUUUCAUUUUAUAACAGUAUGACACCAUGCAUAUCAAGUAAAUGUAUCUAUGCGAAGAUUGGUGAUUAUGAUUGUUGGGGGAAAAAAGUGUGUGCGUGUGCGCGUGCGUGUGUGUGUGUGUGUGUGUGUGUGUGUGUGUGUGUGUGUGUGUGUGUGUGUGUGUGUGUGUGUGUGUGUGUGUGUGUGUGUGUGUGUGUGUGUGUGUGUGUGUGUUUUGCGUGAGAGCGAGUGAAUGAAAGAGACCAUUGAGGUGUCAUGUUUUUUGCCGUCUUUAUUUUCAUUGUACUGUUGAUUGGACAUUCCAAACUUAAGAACCUCAACACAGCCAGCCUCAAAGAGCUGUGAGUAAAAGUAACACAAAUGCUAUUAACUUUUCUGUGCUUAAUGUAAUGUUUUUUCCUCAUCUUUUUGUACUUUAUGCAAUAAAAAAAUGUGCACAGCAAUCAAAGACUA